UUUAAAAUUAAAAUCAGUGACUCACUCGUUCACUCACUCACUCGAGCUAAAACCCUAACGAACCCUAUCUGGUGCGAUCUUCCGCCAUGGCCCUUCUCCGUCUGAAUCGUCGAAGCACAACCAGCUCUCGCAUCCUCUGUUUCUCUACUUCGAAUUCCGAUUCUAACUCCAACUCCAACUCCAACUCUCCCUUCACUCCCCUUUUCAGAGACAUCAAGGACAGUCUCAAGCAACCCUCUUCCUCUUUCUCAAACCCUCGCUCCCAACAACCCUCCACAGACAAGAUCCUAAAAAAUCUCAGCGAGUUCCGCGCCAAGACCUCUCCACCUCCGCCCGGCGACCCGUCGCAGCAGCAGAACCAAUUCUCGUUCCAGGAAAUCUACCAGCGCCGCAACAUGCAGGGGAGUCCCUCCAGAUCGGGACAAUCGCCCCUCCUCAACAUGGAUUCCAUUCGCGAGAGCUUGCGGAAGGUUAGUGGUGCCCAAACCUCGCAGCGGCAGGGUAAUCUUGGGGUGAUCGGCGGCACGAGCGCCUUGCCGCAGGCCAUUUUCGGGAAAGAGAUGAGGAAAGAGGGUACGGAGUCGACGGCGAUGUUUUCGGCGGGGUUCUUGAAGACUUACAGCGUGGAGGAUUUGGGGAGGAAAUUGAGGACGCUGAGGCCGGAGGGAAAGGAAAAGGAUUGGUUUUCAGUGAGGGAGUUGAGUGAGAGGUUGACGAGGUUGAGGAAGAUGGAGGAGGAGCAAGCCCGUUCCAAUCCCCGUGAUGCUGCUCUUAACGUAAUAAGAGGAUGUCUCGUUGAGAUGAAUGAUGAGCGUACUCUUGCCGCGAAGAAAGCUUCAAUGCAGGGAUUUAGCAUAUUGGGCCAUUUGAGUGGGACUUCAACCUACUCUCUGGAACCUCCUAAACCCGAUCUUGUUGAAAAGUACUUUCAUCCGGAUAACAUGUCCUCUGCUGAGAAGAUGAAAAUUGAGCUUACCAAGGUUAGGGAUGAGUUUAAAAUGUCGGAGUCGGACUGCGGUUCUGCGCGUGUUCAAAUUGCACAACUCACAACUAAGAUUAAGCAUCUAUCAGCAGUUCUACACAAGAAGGAUGUUCAUUCUCGUAAAGGUUUGGUAGCAAUGGUUCAGAGGAGAAAAAGAUUACUGAAAUACCUCAGAAGAACUGAUUGGGAUUCCUAUUGCUUUGUUAUCUCCAAGCUGGGUCUACGUGAUAAUCCUGAACAUAGCUAUAGAUCUCGAACUAGUAUGGCAACUUAGGGUUGCAGAUCUGGUGGUCAGAUAAGAUGAAAGAAACCCCAACAUGAACAGAUUGGAAAGAAAACCAGCCGCAUGAUGAAAAGUUGGCUGGGUUGUGCAUUUUUAUUGGGGUCAGUUAAGUGUAAACCAAACUGGUCAAGUGGCUCAAUCACUGGUUUUCAGGUCUGGGUUUUACCACUGCAAUCCUCACAUCAAUUACUUAGUGACGCAAUUUGUUAUUCCAUUUUUUUAUGCAUGAGGAGAUUAAUACUGAUCAACCCUUCAAUUAUUUUAUACCAGCCUUGGGUGGAUUUUUGUUCUGUACAAUAGUGGCAAUAAGUUUUAGAACUAUAAUUUUGUGCACAUUACUCAAAGUCACGUACCAGAACCUAGAACCUAUGGGUGAAUUUAAGCUAAAGUAUUAUUUUGACCACUCACAACUUGUCUCUUAUUUACUUGCAAUUCCAUAUUUUCUGAGAUGUAACCCGUUUAGGGCCUUUACUAUCCCGAUCUCAUCCGUUUUGGAUU